AUGGUAAAUCCCUCAGAUGUGGAAAUCCUGGUGCACAUCACCGCCCCAAGCAGAGGACCAGAUGAUGCUCGAUAUCGAGCUCUAGCUCACGCGUAUUUGGACUUUGAACCUACAAGGAGACACAGAAUAGAAACUGACGCGCCCAUUGGCAUGGAAGGAAUGGGAGAAGAGGAGGCCCAAAACCAACUUCAGGAGGAGUUGCAUCAGUCCACGCAAGAAGGGCGGGAAUCUGAGGCCUCAUACCGGCCAGACGAGGAAAGCGCGCCCUCACGAGCAGCCUUCCCAUACGAAUAUCAACACGCACCAGGCUUUUCGCAGUCACUUACUUCACCCCAACUGUCUUUCGACAGCGUGUUAGACUCUCCAGUCUUCCGCCCCCCAAACACGUGGCAGCAACGUCUGUCUCAGUAUGACGGAAGUCAGGAGGAGGAGGAUUCGGGCAAUCCAUGGUCCAAGGCACCAAGUACGAUUGCCGAUUCCCAACCGGAAAAUGACAGGUCAAUGGCAGCCAUAGCCUCUCCGGCUACAAUGUUGGAAUUGAUACUACAACAAAUUGACACCUCUGAUGAGACAUCACUAGGCGAAACUACAAGCCAGAGGUCGAGCAGAUCCACACGUUAUGGCAGCCAUGCUAUUGCCUCCAGCCAAGACAGACUUGGAGGUAUAACUGUCUCUAAGAUGGCAUCAUCCUCCCCCAUGCCCGUCAUCGAAGAAUUUCAUCUGGGGUCUGUAAUUCAAGUUGCCCGAACUUCAAGCGCCGACCAGAUGACGAAUGAGAGAACUGCCGAGGCACAUACCUCUUUUCCGACAAACAAGACAAUUGAUUCUGGUGCGCAGAUGCUUCCUGCAAUUUCAGUAAAUGGAAUCUCAGGCACGCCUAGCCCUGCCUUGCCACGAGCCCGACCUGAAAGAUAUCAGACUCGGAGCUCAUCGCAGAGUUUUGGAAGUGUUGUACCUGCGACAUCUACUCCUAUUAUUUCUUCCUCUGGCCGAGAAAUUAGAAAUGAAGAGAAUGAUCCCGUGGAAGCUUCAUGUUCUCAACUUGAAGUACCAGCAACUUCUACGCAUGGUAUGAUUUCGUUCCCAUUAUCGGAAGACGUUAGUAAAAUGCAGUCUUCCGUUCAAAUUCAAAGCUUUGAGAGGGAAAUACCUCCAACGGCUACUGCUCCUAUCAUAGCUCGAUUUGUACAAUCAGCGACCCCGCAGAAACAGCACAAGUCCACCCUGGAGUCUCAGACAAACCUGCCCCCUGCCAUGCAGGAGCCAAAUCUUCAAUUGAAAAGAAAAUGGCCUGAAACUAUCCCUGAAAGCGAAAAUGUUUCGUCUUCAGCACCAGCAACUGCGUCCUCCAAAUCUUUUCCUGGGAGUUUGCGGCCGCAGAAGAGGCAACACCGUGAUAUAGGCUCUUCGCAAUCCGCAACUACCUCCGUUCGGAUCCCUUUAAGCGAUACUACCAAUAUUUCGAUGAAUUUACCACCCAGUAGUCAAUCUAUUUCUCCGUGGGCCGAUAAGCUUGAAAUACGACCAGGUAUACCAAUUACGGCCUCUACAGAUUUGACUCCUGAGAUGCUCAUCACCCCUGACCUAAGCUUGUUAGCUUUUAAGAUGAGGACAGCAAGCCUCUUUCGCCCUGCACACCAAUCUCGAGACCUGCGACCAAUGGAACGAGGCUACUGGCUUGUCAAUUGUGAAAUGUGGAGCACCCAGGUUCGAGCCGAUACCUGGAAGCGGCUGGGAGACUUCGUUGGGAAGUCAAGAGUUGGAUGGGGUGUUUGGUGCGUGAGAGACGAGCAGUGCAGUAUGAUUAGAGUUUACUGCUGGGGAGUCAUCGUGGGCCAUAUUUACCUGCUCCUUGUGCUGAGCAGCGGGAACAAGAUGAAUAGGACUAGGGCGUCUUGGAUUGGUGGUGAUGGAGAGCCACUUAUCAAAAUGCCCUGA